AUGAUAAUCAUUAUUCCAAAGUUCCCUUAAGAGUUUUUUAUUAUCCCCCAUCUUUUACAUCAUGUUCAAUUAUUAGGUUUAUUUUUAGAGAGAUCAUCAGAUUAAGCCUUUGAUUAUGCUGUGGUAUUGACACAUUUCUCUUUAAUUGAACCUAUGUUGACAUAUGAGCUAAGCACAAUAUUUCUAUUUGUAAUUUUUGCUUUUUAAAUCAUUUUACUAAUUUAUCUACUUUUUGCAACAUUUGAAACUUAAAGAGUAGCCUUAAACUUUAAAUUAAGAUUAAUUUUAGAGAAAAAGAUAGAAUCAGUUAAUUAAAUACUCCACUGGUACUUUACUUUUUAUAGCAUCUUCACAAUACCAAUUAUUGUAAUUAGUGUCAAAUUUAUGUUAACUAAUUAUUAUAUAUUCGGAUAUUUUAAUGCAUUAUUAUAGUAUUGCUAAGGGAUAAUCCUCAUAUAUCUAUUAAGGAAUCACAGAUUCGCUGAAAACAAUUCCUUUAAAAGAAGAUUUGCAUAUGUUCAAUUAUUUAAUUAUACCAUUGGUUACUUAUUAAUCUUUUUUAGGUUCUAUUAAGAAAUUGUAUUUGUUAAGUAUAUAUUUGGAUUUUCAUAUGCAUUUUUGCAAAUAGUAGAUCAAUUUUAUAGUUGUCCUUAUCGAGAUCCAUUUAGAGAGCCCUCAUUAAAAGUAGCCAUGGUACUUUUCAGUAGCAUAUUCAUUUGUUUAAUGUUUUCAUUGGAAGUAAUAGUAGAUGGUUAAUUGUUUUGGACCUUGUUUGUGGCUGGAUUAAUGAGUGGAGUAUCAACUUCAAUAAGUUCAUUAUUUCAUGAAUUUGCAAUGACUAAUUACAAUUCUCGUUUCAACCUUCAAGAGAAAUAUAUAAUUAUUGGAGUAGAUUAAUUUUAUAGUCAUUUUAUUCAUUUUCAAACAAGUGAAUUCAAUAAAUUAACUUACUUUUAAUAAUUACUUAAGCAUAAUGAGAAUUGUCUCAGACUUAAGUGUCCUUCUUAAAGAAAUAAAUUAUCAAAAAUAAAUUUUAAUGAUAAGAUUUAAUUACAAAAAUUAACAAUUGAUGUAGUAAGUUGUAUCUUUAAGACUUGUCAUAGUAGAACUGUAGUAAAAAAUGGGGAAAUUCAUAAACCUAAAUUUGAGCAAUUGCAAUUACAAUAUAUUAGUUUUUUGUCAUCUACAGCUUAAAGACCAUUGAUUGGUUAUGUUGAAUUAAGAAAAUAUCAGCAAGAUUAAAAUAGUGACAAUUCCUUAUAUUUUAGAGAGUUGACUUCCAAAAUUUCAGCAGAGUUGGAGUUUUCCAUUUUGUAUCUUCAGGAGAGAAUGAUAUAACAAUAAUUUAGAAAGGAAAGAUAUAUGGCAAAAGAGGAAAAAUUAACAAUUGCAUAACUCUGGAGGAGUAUUAAUUUUUACUAAGAAAUCACUCCUAAAAUAAUAGAAGUAAUAGAGAAGAAACAAAAAUUUUGGGAUAAUCUCAUCGAAGGUUAUGAUGAUUUAGAACCAUUUCAUAAUGAAUAGCUUUAAUUAUGCAAAUCUAUAGAUGAAUUAUAUAAGAAUAUUAAAUGUAAGAGAUAUGAUCUAUUAAUAAGCCACUAUCAUAAUACCAGAAGUGUUUUUUGAUAGGUCAAAAGAUAUCAGUCUGUAGACUGUCCUUAAAACAUUGGAUCCAGAAGAUAGAAAUAUCAACAUUCUAAAUUUGAAGUUGUAUUCUAUUCUAUACGCUGUUAUUUUAAAUGACUUUGACAGAGUAAUUUAGUAUUUCAAAAUAGGCAUUUUAAGCAGAAAAACAAAUAGAAGAACUCAUAAAAGAAGAUAGAUAGAAAUCUGUGGAAGUUAUUGAUGACUGUGCUCUUUUAAAGGAUGAGGCUGUCAUAAUCUUAGUGAGUCUUGUAAGAAAGAAAGGACAUAUUGUGAAUAAGAAUUUGUUAACUUUAGCGAAUUUCUUUGAAUUUUAGAAUGUUCAAGAUAUAGCAGCAGUAUAAAAUUAUUAUAGUAUUUUAGCAAACUCUAAUCUCAUCGUUCCUGCCACCUGAUUUAAGAGUAUUACAUGAUGCAUAGUUAAAUGACUUUAUUUCAAAGGGUUACACAAAGUAUUCUGUAUAAAGCAUCCAUUCUUAUUAUUUAUAAAAAUAGGGAUAUUUAAGAGAAUGCUAUAUUAAGUUGGGUAAUUUAUUUUAAGAUUCCUCUGAUUUUGUUUUGACAGGUUCAAUUCUUAGAUUACAACCCUCAUAUGAUGUAAUUAUGUUUGACAGUUAUGGCAAAAUUAUUGGAUCUAGCUAAGAUUUCUUUGAAAAAAGGAUCUUGCCCAAUAAUCCAAAUAUGACAAUGGAAAGAUUUGUGGAGCAAGGACAUAUAUUUAUGUUGAUGCCAUUUAUCUUUAUUAACCUAAAGAAAUUAGCAAAUGAAAUUGAGACAGAAUUUGUAGAUUAUACAUAUUUCCCAGAAUAAUUAUAAGACAUCUGUUUAUAGUUUGGAUAGGUAUUCAAUGAUAGAUAAAAAUACGAUUAAAAAUUGUCAUCCUACAAUUUAACUACUAUCAAAUCUUAGUUAGUAUCACAUGCCUCUGCGAUCUCUGCAAGAAGUUUAAAUAAUCAAGAAGAGUAGGUUAAAAUUAAAGGAUUGAAUAUACCCAUGUUAUAAGUCGAAAGAAUGAAUUUAAUUUUAGACUUUUUAUAAAAGUACCAUGAUGAAUAAACCAUCAAAUGUGAUAUACUUAAAAUUAAGUACAAUUUAGAGUUUCAGAUAAUGGAAACAAAAAAGGAGAGAUACCCAUAUUUUAUAUUAAAGUUGGAACCCUUAAGUGAAUUUGAAAGGUCUGAUUCAAGUUCAAUUAUCCCUUAUAAAAAGUCUAUUCGAAGAACUUUGAUGGCACUUAAAUAUGGGGAAUCACAAACUGGAUUAGAUUCAACCAAUACAAAGAAUUUCAUAACUAGACAUUUUUAACAGAACUCUGAUCAAUUAAAUGAAACUGCUGAUUUAAAAGGCCCUUCAGACCAACAAAUUUUAGAAUAGAUUAUGGAAAUAAAUAAUAGCAAUACUUCUAAGCUUUUGAAAUAACAGGACGAGUCAAAAGUCAUCUUUGAAAAUCCUCAAAUUUCUAGGAUUGAAGACUAAGACUUUCAAUAAUUAGUGUAGGAUAUUGAAGAAAGUAAAAUCAAUGCUCAAUAACCGGAAUAGGAACAAUUUGAAGAUCCGAAAUAUGAUUCUGAUUUAAUAGAAAAGAAGUCUGACAGUUCUAAGGAUUUACAAAAAAAAAAGAAAAAUGAUAUUCUUGAGAUUUUAAGAAAGAAUAUGAAUAAUUAGGAAAUUUAAGAUCAUGAGAAUAAAUAGUCUUCAAAGCCUAGUUCAGCCAAAACUUCAUCAUCAAAAUCUCCUUAUCUUUUGAUUAGAUCUCUCUAUCAAUUAGGUGAAAUAAACACUUAAAUUUGGUUAAUAAUAAUAUUAAACAUUGUUGUUUGUCUAACUGCACUGAUUUUAGUAUUCAUCAAAAUAUACAUAGUCUAAGGUAUUUAUUUAAGUUAUUUUCAGAUUAGUUCGGAAUUCUUUAAACUAAUUUAAAUUAUGUUCAAUAUCCAGAAAAAAUCAAUAAUUACUUCUUAAAAACUUUGAUGUUUUCAUCAAACAUUCUUCAAUAAAAAUUAAAUUUCGUUAAUUAUAGCUAAUUAGUGAAUGAUGCCUUUAAAACUGAAUUCAGCACUUUAGCUUUGAAUAUUGAACAUGAUUUAAAGAGUAUUUAUGAAGAUAUCAUUACUUUUGAAAAUUAAGUAAUACCUUUAAAUGACAAUCUCAAAAUCAUCAAUAAUUUAUAAUAGUUCGAAAUUACAUUUGAUCUAACAAUAUUAUUAGAGUAGAUAUCUUCAAAUUCAAUCACUUUAAAUCAGUAAAUCCAAAAUGAGUUAGACGAAAAGUUCGUGUCACUCAACUUAUUUUUCAAAUUAAAUAUGGUUCAAGUAAUAACUGUAAGUAAAAGUUAUAUAAAUUAUCUGAAUGACAAUUUAAUCUUUUAUGAGUAAUAAAUUGUUAAUGCUCUCAUUUAUGUAGUUGUUGCAGAACUUAGUGUGAUAACAACUUUUAUGUUUUUGAUUAUAAAGGUGUUACAAGAUGUCAAUUAAUUAAUCAGAAAGAUCUUAGUACUUAUUACAAAAUUGAGCGAAGAUGAUGUGAAUCAGAUUAACAAGAUUUAUAAUGAAAUCAAAACCAUUUUAAAGGAUCCGAAAUAAGUCUUAUGGAAAUAAACAAACUUCGUUAAAUUUAUAUUUGAAUCAAACUUUGUGAAAGCUAAAUAAGAUUUAAAUUUUCUUUAGUCUUCCAGUGGAUAAAGUACUGGUAAAAGCAAUAAAUAGAAAUUAAAAAAGAGAUAUUAAAAUAGUUCCUUAACUUCAAGAGUUUAUAAUUUGAGAUUACCUCAAUUUUGGAACUAUGCUUUCUUAUUUGGAUCAUGGUUAUUUCUAGCAGGAUACUUAUUAGGUGCAUUAGGCCUAUCUAUAUCAAUGGUCUAAUCCAUAAAACCAGCAAUAACAUUAAAUUUAUAAUUGAUUGAAUUUAAAUUAAAAUUUGAUUCCCUUGUUGUUUAUGGAGAAAUUUUGAAAACUGACUAUUUAGUGAAUAAAAAAUUAAAUCAAAUUUUUGAGUUGUCUUAAAUUGACUUUAAUUCAGAUGGGGUUUUAUCAGAAUUUUUCUCCUUGCAAAAUGGUUUUUAAGAUUAAUUAUCAGUCAUAUAUGAUCAAUUAGCUUCAAGUACAUCCCUUUUAGAAGAACAAAAAAACACAUUGUUAAUACCAUUUCGAAGUUCCCUUUGUGAAAGUGAUCCAACUCUGGUUCCAGCUUGUACAAAUUCAUUUGCACCGGCCUCUUCAGAUAAUAGUUUGGACUAUAUAUCUGGAGGAAUAGUCGAUAUGGUACAUGAAUUUUCUAAAACUUUGAAAACAUUUUGGUAAUCAAAUGAUUAUGCUAUAACUGAUGAGGAUUAAUUGGAACACUUUUUAUCAGGGUAAGUACAUACAACUGAAUUUACUCAUCAUUUUCUAUUUUAAGGGAAGAUAAUGGAACAAAUUGCAAGUACGAUGCUGAAUUUAAAUAAAAGCACUUUAGACUCAGUUAUUUUAAAAUUUCAAAUUUAUAUGUAUACUAUGGGUUUAGCAUUGAUUAUCAUUUAUAUCUUGUGUUUUUACAAAUGGAUAUUAAGAUUGGAUAAUGGAAUGUAUUUAACAAAAUUAGCUUUAACUUUGAUUCCUGCAGAUUCUUUGACUGAACAAAAGACAAUGACAGACUUGAAGAAUAUUUAAAAUGAAUGA